UAGUUGAACUAAGGGAAAAAAAAAAAAAAAAAAAAAAAAAAAUUUAUUAUCACAGUAUAACACAUAAUUAGUAGACGAACAACAUUAAGAUGAGUUAUCAUCGCUUUUUUGUUGGGGUGUUUCUUAUCUCUUUUUUAUUUUUUAAAGUGCAUAGUUGUCUUUAUGUAACAGAUGGCAGCUCUAUCAUUUUAGAAAACGUUGGAACGUCAUACAAACUCUUUUCCACGGAUAUGAAAUGGGGAUCUGGGUCAGGAAACCAACUAGUGACCGCAGUAACGACUAACAAGAACGAGGAAAAUCUCUUGUGGACAGUUAACAUUUAUGAUGAUGUGAAGAGCUUCACGGGAAACAAAAUAAGCUGCGACGAAAUCAUCACGCUGAAGCAUCUAAGUGUCCAUGAGAGCAAAGAGUCGGGGAAAUUUCAAGUCAUUUGUGAAAAAAAAAAGGACAGUCCCUACUGGUCAUUGGGUGAAAAUAUUUACCUAAAGAGCGUGGAUCACAAUGGAUAUGUCUCCACGAGCAAAAGCUAUGAAUUUAAUCAGUACAAUUGCCACAACUGCCCAAUUUUGUACCACCUGGAGGCAUGCAUUAUGAGAUAUACUUACCCGCGCGAUGAGCAGAAGUGGAGGGCCAAAUCGGGCGUCAUCAUAACCCCAUUUAACGACGAACGCGGCGAGAAAUUUAAUGGUGAUGAACUGUGAGCAGCUUUGUACAACCUCCUUUUCCAUCUCACGUUUAUUAAUUUUUUUUUU